AUGUUCCCGACCAUCACCGAAGUCAUCACCAUCGGACAAUCGUACGAAGGUAGAGACAUCCUAGGGCUCAAGGUCGGAACGAAAACGCGAGCGCCGGGUGCUGAUAGAAGAAAGACUGUUGUCGUGACGGGAGGAAUGCAUGCGCGCGAGUGGAUUUCCACAACCACGACAAACUACGUUGCAUGGUCUUUUAUCACGGCCUUUGGCCGAGAGCCUAUGAUCACUAAGCUGCUGGAGCAUUUCGACUUCGUCUUCAUCCCGGUGGUCAACCCUGAUGGUGUUGAAUACACUUGGACGACGGAUCGAUUAUGGCGCAAGUCCCGGCAACAAACGGGCAUGUCAUGGUGCCGUGGUUUUGACUUGGACCACGCCUUCGGCUACGAGUGGGGUGAUUUCUCCGAGAACGAUCCUUGCUCCGAAAGCUACGGCGGCAAGGAGCCAUGGCAGGCCACCGAAGCCGCCGCGUUGGCUACGUGGGCAAAAAAUGCGUCCCGGAAUACAACCGAAUUCAUUGGCCUCAUCGACCUGCACUCGUAUUCGCAGCAGGUACUUUUUCCCUUUGCCUAUUCUUGCGACGUGGACCCGCCCAACGUCGAGAACCUCGAAGAGCUCGCGGCAGGACUCGCCAAGGCGAUCCGCUUGUCUAAUGGGGAGUUAUACUCGGUCACAUCAGCGUGCGAGGGGCAGUCGCAGGCCGUGGCUUCGAGCAAGGCGCUAAACGUAUCGAGACUGGCGAUCAAGCUGAGGGAUACUGGGAGCUACGGCUUCCUCCUGCCCAAAGACAACAUCAUCCCCGUCGGGGAAGAGAUAUUCAGCGCCAUGAAGUACUUUGGAGACUACUUGCUGGGUAACAAUGGUAUUGAAAAGUCGAUUGGAACUGCCACACCGACGCCGGAGGAGCCCGAUCGCAGCUUGGAGCUUCGACGUCUCAGAAGGAAGUAA